GUUUGUCUCUCCAAUAUGCAAAAGUUGGAGAUAAGGAGCGAACAGUCUGGCGGUGGUUGCCAGUUGGACGAGAUGCGGCCCAGCGUGUUGGACGUGAUCGCCAAGAAGAGGGACGGCCACGAGCUGUCCAGGGAGGAGAUCGAGGCCUUCGUGACCAUGGUCACCGACGGCACGGCCCAGGACUGUCAAAUCGGCGCGAUGCUGAUGGCGAUUUACUUGAACGACAUGACGGAAGAUGAGACGACCAACUUUACCAGGGCGUGCGUCAACUCUGGGGAGAGAUUGGAGUGGCCGAAAGAGUGGCCCUUGGUGGACAAGCACAGCACAGGUGGCGUCGGCGACAAAGUUUCCAUCCCGAUGGCGCCCGCUUUGGCCGCCUGUGGCCUCAAGGUGCCCAUGGUGUCCGGAAGGGGGCUCGACUUUACCGGCGGAACUUUGGACAAACUCGAAUCGGUGCCCGGUUUCCGGGUUCAGUUGAGCAAAGAGGAAAUGGGGGCGGCUCUUGAAAAUGCCGGCUGCUUCAUCGCAGGUCAGACGGACAAAUUGGUGCCCGCAGACCGUGAACUUUACAAACGGCGCGACGUGACUGCCACAGUUGGUUCGGACCCGUUGGUCGUCGGAUCGAUUGUGUCGAAAAAGGUGGCGGCGGGGGCCUCGGCCCUGGUCAUGGACGUCAAGGUCGGACGCGCUGCCGUUUUCAAGAGCCAACAACGAGCGGAGCAAGUCGCUUCAAAACUGAUUGGAACAGCAAACAAGUUGGGGCUGAAAACAAAGGCGGUGUUGACGGCGAUGGACGUGCCAAUUGGCAGGACGGUGGGCAACGCCCUUGAGAUCGCCGAGUCGCUCGAGUGUCUCAGAGGUCGCGGUCCUCACGACCUACGCCAACUCGUUCUCACCCUGAGUGGAGUUUUGCUGGAGAUGCACGGAGUGGUCGAAACGGUGGAAUUAGGGGAGGCGAAAGUGGCAGCGGCCCUGGACGACGGCUCGGCCCUGCAGUUCUUUCAGAAGAUGCUCGAGUGCCAGGGCGUGAGCGCCGAGGUGGCCGAAAAACUCUGUUUUGGAGACGAGUGGACGAUUCUUCCCAGGGCAAAAUUCACCACCGAUCUGAUCGUCUCCGAAAAUGGUUUCGUUGGCGAUUUGGAUGCUUUGGAAAUUGCACGCGUUUGUCGCGAGUUGGGCGCAGGACGGAGUCGCGCGGACCAAGAGUUGGACUUGUCGGUUGGCGUCUCGCUGCUCAAGGAACACGGCGAGCCGGUCGGAAAAGGUGACCCGUGGCUGCGGGUGCACCACUCGAGCUCGGAACUCAGCCCGGGGCUGAAAGAGCGGCUGCAGGGCAGUCUCCGAAUCGCAACUCAAAAGCCAGAGCUGAGCUCGCGGAUCUUGAAAAUUGUCGGCUGAGACGGCUGGAUUUGAAUUAAAAGUGCAAUUUAAACACGACAUUUAGUUUGGUUUAAUUGUUCACGAGUCGCUAAAAUAAGUGUAUACACGUAUAUUAAUAUAUUAAAGCACGUUCAUGCGUGAAUGUAGAAAAUAUUUUUCACAAUAUUUCACCGAAUGAGGCAGCACUAAUCACUUUUUUUUCAGUCUUACGGCGGCUAAGAGUGGCGUGAGAUUUUGAGGAGAGUCGGUCGUUUUCGGAGAGCACCAAAGUCUUAGACGGAAUGAACAAGUUUUGACGAAGAGGCUUGGAAAUUUUUUUCGAAUCGAUUUUAAAAUUGACCGCCGAUUCUGGAACUCUUUCUCGAAUCGUCUCAAAUUCAAAAGUUGUGUCUUUGGAAUUUCGAAAGAAAAAAAAUCUUCAAAACCCCUUUGAGAAGACAGAGGAUGGAAGUUGAGGAGGAGUUUUGUUACCAGAGAUCCUGGGGAAGACUAGGAGGUGGGGGCGAGAUUCUCGAGGCUGGGCAGGUGGACGAACGAGUCGUCGUCCUGCACGGCGGCGUCGCUGCUGCUGCUGCCGGCCUCCAUUGACUCGCCCGUCUGGUAGCGCCUCAUGAUGGCCUCCAACUGCGGCUGCACGUACCCCAGCAAAGGCCGCUGACUCGGCUCAGCCGACCAGCACUGCUCCAUCAGCCGCCAACACUGCUCGUCAAAGUGCGGCAAACGCUCGGGUCUCAAACCUGGUCAGAUAAAAAAAGUUGUGUUAGUUUUGCAAUUUUGUAGCAAAUGAGUCAAUAUUUUGUUUCAUCCCAGAGACAAUACAAAUUGAGAAAACAAAUUUUUAGAGUCAUCUAAUUACAGAAUGCUUUUGAUUAAUCUUCAUUUUUUGUUGCUGGAAGAUAAUUUUCUAAAUAAAUUUACCGCUUUUGACAUUCUUCCACAGUUGCUCCUUAUUGCAGAACUGUUCAAAAACAUAAGGCAUGCGAACGUGCCCGGCGCAGAUGUACCAGAAAAGGAUUCCGAGGGCGUAGACGUCCACUGAGCUGUCGUAGUGUCCGGAAAGCAGCUCCGGAGCCAUGUGGAUUGGCGUUCCCACUAUGCUGCCGGACAUCAUAGCCUCUGGGAUGCAGAAUCCCAGGUCUGUCAGCUUCGCUCGGUUCUCCUCGUCCAAC